AUGUUACGUGAUGGUGGUACCCACACGGCGCACUCCAUAGAGCCAGCGAAGCUGCGCACGAGGACGGACAGAAAGGAGAUCAACGGGGUUUCAACAGAUCUCGCCGUCACGAUCUUCGCUGACCGCGUGUUCAUCGCUGUGACUCAACUCGGGACCUUUGGCACACUCAUCGAGGCACGGCAGAAAGAAUCAAUCAGCGGCAAGCUCCAGCCGGACAUCCAUGUUCGUCUCGGACGGCGGGACGAUCCGCUGUUAUUGGUGUAUGCCAGGCAGUUCCUGGAGCAUUUUGGUGCUCCUGUCGGCUUGCCGGUCCUGGCAGCUGUUGGUCUGAAGGACCGGUCAUCGGAAACCUUCGAAGCUGUUUUGCAGAGUGUUAAAGAUCUUGUUAGCCAGUCCCAAGAUGCACAGGAUCAGCGUGGCGCGCAGCCCGCUCGACCCACGUGA